CCUCUCGCGUCGCCCGCGCCCCGACAGCGCCGUCCGCAAGGCUCCAAAUUUCUGCAUCUUUGUGCUGAACGUACUGAAGGAAACUCUUUUUGAAGGUGGGAUGGAUUACAGAGUCCCCGGCGCUGUCAGCAAUGGUGAAAUGGUGCCCACACACCCUGGCGUGGAAAAGGAGAAGGAGGAAGAAGAGGAGGAGGAGCAGACACUGGAGCGUGGUCAGUGGAACAACAAGCUGGAGUACGUCCUGUCUGUGGCUGGGGAGAUCAUUGGCCUGGGAAAUGUCUGGCGCUUCCCCUACCUCUGCUACAAGAACGGGGGAGGUGCCUUCUUCAUCCCCUACCUCAUCUUCCUCUUCACCUGUGGGAUCCCAGUGUUCCUCCUGGAGACGGCGCUGGGGCAGUACACGAGCCAGGGAGGGGUGACUGCCUGGCGCAGGAUCUGCCCCCUCUUUGAAGGAAUUGGCUACGCCUCGCAGGUCAUCGUCAUACUGCUCAACUUCUACUACAUCAUUGUGCUGGCCUGGGCCUUGUUUUAUCUCUUCAGUUCGUUCACCAUCGACCUCCCCUGGGGCAGCUGUGACCACGAGUGGAACACAGGGAACUGCAUGGAGCUUCAGAAGGCGAACUCAACCUUCAACGUGACCAGUGAAAAUGCCACAUCCCCAGUCAUCGAGUUCUGGGAGAGGCGAGUGCUAAAGAUUUCUGAUGGCAUCCAGCACCUGGGUGGUCUCCGCUGGGAGCUGGCUCUGUGUCUCCUGCUGGCUUGGAUCAUCUGCUACUUCUGCAUCUGGAAAGGGGUCAAAUCCACGGGCAAGGUGGUAUACUUCACUGCCACGUUCCCAUACGUCAUGCUGAUUGUUCUGCUGAUCAGGGGAGUCUCCUUGCCCGGGGCAUCCCAGGGAAUCCUCUUUUACCUUUAUCCAGACAUCAGUCGCCUUGGAGACCCUCAGGUCUGGAUGGAUGCAGGCACUCAAAUCUUCUUUUCGUAUGCAAUUUGUCUGGGAUGCCUGACAGCUCUGGGCAGCUAUAACAAAUACCAUAACAACUGCUACAGGGACUGCUUGGCCCUGUGCUUCCUCAACAGCGGCACCAGCUUUGUGGCUGGCUUUGCCAUCUUCUCCAUCCUGGGCUUCAUGGCAGAGGAGCAGGGUGUGCCCAUCGCCAACGUGGCUGAGUCAGGGCCUGGCCUAGCAUUCAUCGCCUACCCUCGGGCUGUGGUCAUGCUGCCCUUCUCCCCACUCUGGGCGUGCUUCUUCUUCCUGAUGGUUGUCUUGCUGGGACUGGACAGCCAGUUUGUCUGCGUGGAGAGUCUUGUGACAGCUCUUGUGGACAUGUACCCCACCAUCUUCCGCAAGAAGAACCGCCGGGAGACCCUCAUCCUCGUGGUCUCCAUCCUCUCAUAUCUGGUUGGCUUGGUGAUGCUCACAGAGGGUGGGAUGUAUGUCUUCCAGCUCUUUGAUUACUAUGCUGCCAGUGGCAUGUGCCUGCUCUUUGUGGCCAUCUUUGAGACUCUCUGCAUCGCCUGGGUCUAUGGUGCUGAGCGUUUCUACGAUAACAUUGAAGAUAUGAUCGGCUACCGGCCGUGGCCCAUCAUCAAAUACUGCUGGCUUUUCAUCACCCCUGCUGUUUGCAUGGCAACCUUCCUCUUUUCUUUGGUCAAAUACACACCGUUGACUUACAACAAGAAGUAUGUGUACCCAUGGUGGGGAGACACUCUGGGAUGGCUGCUGGCCCUCUCCUCCAUGGUCUGCAUCCCUCUCUGGAUCGUCUACAAACUCUCCACCAUCAAAGGCUCACUCAGAGAGAGAUUCCGCCAACUCACCUGCCCACUUGAGGACUUGCCUUCCAGGCCAGGCACAGAGCAGCCCCUUCCCUCUACCAGAGCUGGCCUCCUGGUGCUGACAGAGCUUGAAUCUCAUUGCUAGGACCAGUGUGGCUCUCCCUCCCUCCCCCAGGAUGGUUUCUAUACAGCCUUUGCCACCUGUUGGAUAACGCAAGGAUUCUUCACUCACCAAGAAGAGAGGGAUUUCUGGGCUGAGGUUCCUUCUCUGGAAGAUUUGAAGGGCUGAUGAAGAGGCUGCCACGGAGAUGGUCUGUGUGGAGUUAGCAAUGCACCUUAAUUCUCUCCCUGGAGAGGGCUCUGAAGGGGCACAUCAAGCACCAGUGUUCCUGAGCAUCCCCAGGCUUCUGGUGGGAAGGACUGGCCCUGGAGUAAAGUGUCAGAGUCAGAGCUGUGGCUCCAGUGUGGACUUUGGGAGCUUCUCCAUUCAUUCCAUUAAAUCUAUGUUUUUCCUGACUA